AUGAAGUCCACCGUUAUCACACUUCCCUGUUUCGUUGCCAGCGCUCCAGCCGGCGGCGUUCAAGUCUCGACCGCUCGCCACCGGCCAAAAUGCACCGUCACCGCGAAUGGUAACCAGACGAGCGACGUCGACAACAUCCUAAAAGCCUUCGAGCGCUGCGGCAAGUCCGGGGACAUCAUCUUCCCCGAAGACCAGAACUACUGGAUCGACAAAAAGUUGAAUCCUGUCGUGAGAGACGUGAACAUCCAAUGGCGGGGAGAAUGGACGUUCUCGGACAACCUCACUUACUGGCGUUCCAACUCGUACUUCAUCGAGUUCCAGAACCACCGCGCGGGUUUCGUCCUGACCGGAGACGGCAUCCACAUCAACGGAUCCGGCACCGGGGGCAUCCACGGAAACGGCGACGUCUGGUAUACAGCCGAAGCGGGCGAGACCGUCGAGGGACGUCCGAUGCCCUUUGUCUUCUGGAACGUCAGCGACGUCACAGUCAAGAACUUCCACAUCAGACAGCCGCAGUUCUGGGCGUACAACAUCAUGAACGGGACGAACAUGUACUUCGAGAACAUCAGCAGCAACGCUACCGCGACGAAGGCGCCGAGCCGAUACAACUGGGUUCAAAACACGGAUGGCUUUGACACAAUGGACGCGCGCAAUAUCACCGUCAAAGGGUUCGAGUAUUCCGGCGGGGAUGAUUGCGUUGCCAUCAAGCCCCGAUCAUACAAUAUUCAUCUCGAGGACGUCACCUGUCACGGGGGCAACGGCAUUGCCGUCGGGAGUCUCGGCCAAUACCUCGAAGACUCAAGUGUGGAAGAUGUCGUGAUGAACAACCUCGUGCUCAAGCGAUCGUCGAUCGACCUGCGCUAUGGGGUCUACAUCAAGACCUGGAUCGGCGAGCUCGCGCCGCAAAUCCACUACGAGAACGCCGGGCAACCACGCGGCGGAGGUUGGGGCCGCGUGCGCAACGUCACCUUCUCCAACGUCUCAUACGAGCGAGUCAAUAACGCGCCGUCCAUCUACCAGAACAACGGCAACAACGGCUCGUUUGCGGGGACCAGCAACAUGGAGGUCUCGGACCUUGCGUUCCUCAACUUCACGGGCUCGUUGUCGGGCUCGACGAACAGAGUCAGUCUUACUUGCAGUAGUCGACACCCUUGCGGGAACAUCAGGUUCGAGGACAUUGACCUGCUCACGUCGGGUGGCACGACGACGAGCUGUACUGGGCAGUGGACCGUGCCGGAAACUGUUACUGGGCUCACAGGCUGCUGA